CUGGUGAAUCAUGUCUUCCUCCUCUUCCUCCUCCUCCUCCUCCAGCUCUUCUUCCUCUUCCUUGGAGCUGCCCUACUUUUGUCCUCGCUGCGGUGACAAGUUUCGUUUCUUGUCUGUACCUGAACUCCGGGCUCACCUGGUUAGCCAACACACCUAUGAGACCCUGCUGGUGCUGUCGCAGGCUCGGGUUCGAAGCUCCAGACCGGGUGUUCUCCUCCCACUCCCCGGCCCUGCUGUUUCCCAAAGACAGAGCUCUUCUCUGGGCAUGGAGCCCCACAGCUUCCCCCUGCAGCUGGCCUGCCUGGAUCUCGCCUCGUCGUCUGCCUCCAUCCAACUGCUCAGGGAAAUGUUUGGCUCUUCGGAUCGUGCUACUCCCGCCUCCACAGGACAUCCAGAGGAACCCUCGACCGCUCUGGCCCUCCCUGGCUCUCUGGAGCCUUUUCCUGGGAAGGAACUCGGCGAGGUGGGGGUCCUGGAGUUCGGGCUGACGGUGGGGAUUGGGCUGGAGGAGCGACUGGGGCUGGGACUGGACCAUAAAAUUGCCCGUACGUUCGCAGAGGUGGAAGAGAGGGUGAACCGCCGCGUGGGCCGACUGAAGGUGGAGCUACAGAGGAGGGAGGCGGAGCUAGAGCGGGAGAGGUGGAAGGGGGAACGACUGAGGAGUGAGAAACAGGAGGUGGAGGAGAGGGCGGAGUACCUGUCCAGACAGGUCUCAGCUGCCACGGAGAUGAUGGAGCGAAUAAAGAAAGAUCUGCAAGGAAAAGAGAAAGAGCUGAAUGAACAACACCGGGAGAUGGUGGACAUUGAGCAUUUUCUGAGGGAGAUGGCAAAAAAAGAAGCAGAGGCCAAAAGCAGACUGCAGGUGUUUAUCGAGACGUUGUUGGAACGAGCCGACCGUGCAGAGAGACAGUUACUGCAGCUCAGCUCACGCACACAUCACAACCACUACACGCACCACAACGACAAAUACGCACACACGGACGUAUGUGAUGACCCGUACACAUUCACGCAGGUAUACACACCUGUACCCGGCCGAGGAGGACGCAGUCUGGAUGGCAGCACCCACGACAUCAUUGCAGAAAAGAUGCAGGGAACCAUUGGUAACCGGAGGAGUUACAGUGUUUCGGGCUCCUGCAGACUGGGAGAGCAGCUCUACAGCCACCAUCACUAUAGCAGUCUGACCGGGCGUAUGAGGACCUUGUCUCUGGGUUCGGGGGGGUUGGGCUGUGAGGUGGGGUCGGUCCAUCUCCACCCCCCUCACUACCCUCCACCCUGGACUCGACGAGAGAGAGGAGGGAGAGAUGGGAGAAGAGAGAGAUUCUGGGUCGAGGAAGGAGGAUGGGGGAGAACGUGGAGCAAAAGAAACUGUUCUCACCACAGCACUGAGGAAGAGGAGGAUGAGGAGGAAGAUGAAGAGGAGGAAGGCUGGAGCAGCGCUGAGAUGAGGAGGCUCGUCUUCGCCAGAACACGCACACCUGGAUCAGACAUCCCCUCCCCCCUCUGCUCCCCCCUCUCUCGUCGUCAUGGCGACAGACGGCUGGGGGCGGACACCUUGAGGCUGAGGGCGGGGCUUUUCUGCGUCUUCCCAUAUUUGGACAUGCACUCGUUGCUGCGUGCGGCCGAGGUGUGCUCUGAUUGGCAGUUCGUUGCCAGGCACCCGGUGGUUUGGACACGCCUCCGGCUGGAGAACGCCAGAGUGUCGGCCGAGUUCCUGACCACUCUGUCCCAGUGGUGUACUCAAACUCAGUCUGUGGUUCUUAACAACCUAAAGCCACGAAGCAGACGAGCCGAUGAGCCGCGAGAGGAUUACCACAGGAACACGAGAGGCAGUGUUGAGCCGGGGGUGGAGGCCCUGCUGCGGUCCGCGGGGGGCAGUCUGCUCCACCUGUCUGUAUCUCAGUGUCCUCACAUCCUCACUGACAGGACGUUGUGGUUGGCUAGCUGCUACUGCAGGAACCUGCAGACGCUCACAUACAGGAGUUCAUCAGAUCCGCUGGGUCAGGAGGUUCUCUGGGCCCUGGGUGCCGGCUGCAGGAACAUCAGCAGCCUGCAGGUGGCGCCUGCUCACCCCUGCCAACAACCAACUCGCUUUGGAAACCGCUGCCUGCAGACGAUUGGUCGAUGCUGGCCACGCCUCCUUUCACUCAGUGUGGGUGGGGCCGGCUGUGGGACUCAGGAAUUGGUUGCUGUUGUGCGUACCUGUGCUCACCUGGAGGUGCUGGAGUUGGAGCGCAUUACCGACCUCGGGCUGCAGGUGGCGACGGAGCUGUGCAAAGCUGGACUGAAGAGUCUGCAGACGCUGAUCCUGACACACACACCUGUCAGCGGUCAGGCCAUCCUGCACUUCCACAGUGUGUGUGAUAACAUCAGGUCUAUCGUGGUUGAGGUCUCAGUGUCAGAUUACUUUGAGGAGCCGGACACUCGGGAAGCUCAACACCUGUUUGGAGAAAUUCUCAGCACAUUAAAGGUUCUUCAGAAGCGUCCCGGGCUGUGUGACGUCCUGCAGGUCAAAGUCGAAGGACUCUGCUGACCUCAAAACACACACACGCACACACACUUGUACUUCUAUACUCGUC